GUUUUUAUAAGACGGAAAGAGUACAAAAGAUUGGACAAUUAACUCGGAACAGAAGAAGGAAUCGGUCUAUUUGUAAAAUUAAAACAUUUCAAUUGUUAUAGUUUUCACAUUUGCAUAUGUAUCUUUUAAACACUAAAAUAAAAUUGCAAUAGAUCAGUAUAUCUGUACGGGCCCUAUUAUGUGGAGUAUAUACUCUCCCAAAGACGAAUGAAAUUUUGGAAAGCAAAGACACAUUUGUAUCUCUCUCUCUAUAUAUAUAUGUGGACUGACAAGUAUAAGGAAGAAAGUGAUCUAUUAGAUCAUCAUCAUCAUCUCCCCUCCCCAUUUGUUUGUUGCUCUAAAAGAAAAUAAAAAUUAGGAUUAAUUAGUGAGACAGACUAGACUAGAGAGAGUGGUGUAUUGUAAAGUAGUACUACGUAGUGGGCAACAAAACACUUGGAAUCCAAACUCCAAAGCUUUUUUUUUUUUUUGGUUAAUCUCCUUCUCUACAUUUUAUAUAUCACAAGCUUUUGAAUUUAGUUAUUUAGGAUAAAGAAAAGAUCAAAAGGGCUGGUUGAUGAUGAUGAUGAUGGGAAAGCUGUCGAGGCUGAGCCACCUCUUUGUCACCGUCUUCCUCUACUGUUUCUCCUCCGUCAUGGUGGUUCCGGCCAUAACCGACGUCACCAUGGCGGCGAUUUGUCCCGGACAAGAUGAGUGCUCAUUAGCCAUAUAUCUCUCUGGAAUUCAACAUGCGGUAUGUUAAAAUCUCCAUUAAUUUCUUCAUGCUUCUGUUUGUGUUGUGUUGUGUUGUUCAGUCCUUUCCGUGUGAAUUGCAUUUUGCUCGAAAUUAAGCUCGCUACCUUGCGUAUAAUAGGCUUCUUAGAACAAGCUUAACUUCCAAGCAAGAGUUUUGAUUUCUUUGGUUCACCUUUCUUUCUUCCCGUCUCUGUUUGUGUGUUUCUACUUUAUUGGAAAUGUCCAUUUACCCUCAAAGCAAAAAAAAGAAACUAUGGAAAGAAAAAAUGAUGAGAUUUGAGCUUCCUUUUUCUUACUUUUGCUACUAUUUCAGCUCCUCAAUUAAUUUGAGAUAUACGUGUUAAUAUGUUCUUAAUUAAAAUGUUACGUUGCCACUAUGAUGUUUGGGCUGUGGCCGAAUCAAGAGUCGCGCUUUUCGAUUUUUUUAAUUAGUACACAUAUGAUGAAGCUUUUAAUUAGAAAAAAAUCGUAUUUUAACUCAUCUUUGCACAUUUUUGGCUGCGUCCUUGGGGACUUGGAAGUUGGAAAAUGUGGCCAUACUUCCUCUAAUUUCAUUGUUUGAUCAAGGAAAAGAUAAACUUACAUGGGAUCCUAAUUAACAGUAAGUACGAAUAUUAGCUUCGCCUAGAGAAUAUACACAGUUUAGAACUUUAGAUCCACGACACCAUAAUAGUAAUUUUAAAUGACUGAGUUUACAUUUUCAGUUAAUUAGUUGCAAUUAGAAUUAGAAUUGACGUUUAGGUUUGGCGUUGAAUGUUGGGUUUUGGGUUAAUUAGUUUGCUUCAAGUCAAAGGAAACUGGAAAAAUAAGGAACAAAACUAACGAAAGUUUCGACCCAACCAAAAAAAAAAACUAACCAAAGUUACAUUGUGUGGCCCCUAAUAUACAGAUAUGUUGACCUUCUUUCCACUAAUUUCACUUUCAUGAUAUAUAUAUACAGUACACCCCAUCCAUGGUUCGGUUAAUUGCAUCAACAAAUUAUCUCUGGUGAUUAUAGUAUUCCAUUCGUUCCAAACUAACGUUCUUGUCUGUCGAAUUAAAAUACCACUCCUUCCGAUCCUUAUUAUAAGGGAUUUUGAUUUUGUCCUAGUUUUCACCUAGGAUGUAUAUUUGAUUGAAAUAAAAACUUUAAAAACAUUUCCUGAUUGUUAAGAGAACGCAACGAAUGUGAAAAUAUAUUUUUAAGAUAUUUUGUUCAAUUAAAAAUACAUCAUACGUGAAAUCUAAAACAAAAUCAAAAUGGCUUAUAAUAAGUAACGGAGGGAGUAUAUCACACUGGUUUUUAAACUACAUGAAGAAGAGAAAUUUUGUUCAGGAAACAAAACCUCAUUGGCCGUGUUUUCUACAUUAUAGUGUAAUAGAUAAGACAGGUUGUGAAGUUUCCUUCAGGAGAAAGUGAACGGAAAUUGUUUUGAGGGGUACAAUUUAAUUGGUACGUGAAUGAGACAGAAAAAUAGGAAAUUUCGUGUCUUCCACUACUAGCUAGCUAGCUAGCUAGUUGUACAUAUGUAGUUCUUAUAUAUUGUCCAUUUCCGAUAUUAGCUGCUCGAUCCAUAUGGACAUAUGGUGCCUAAUCUCUCCCCCCACAAUAUUAUAUCAUGAUCCCUCUAAAAGACUAAAAUUAUUAUACCAUAAUACACAUGUUUAAUUUUUUUUUUCCUCUCUUUUGACCCAACCGGAUUUGGUUGUGAAAUUCAGAGUUAAUGAAAUUAAUGGGUGCAAAAUGUAAAUGCGCAGAUAAUAGGACUGGGAUCCCUCGUGAUUAUGCCUUUGGUAGGGAAUUUGUCGGACAAAUAUGGGAGGAAGGUCAUGUUGACUGUCCCCAUGACUCUCCACAUUUUUCCACUUGGUACGUUUUAACUCCUCUUCUCUUUCACUCUUUUCUCCGUGAUACCACAAUAACCAAAAAAAAGAAAAAAAGAAAAGGACAUGCAUACCACAAUAAAAACGUCAAAAAUCGAUAUUUUUCAUUCUCAAAAAAAUUAAAAAGAAAACCUUGGUUAGUUCAUGAUUAUUAUGAUAAAUAUGCCGAUCAUCAAAUACGUACUGUACAUCAAUUAGACUAUGUCUCCAUGAUGUAUGUACUUAAAAGAUGUCAAAUAAAUAGAAUUUCCCUAUAUGAACAUGGUCAGAUAAAUAAAAAGCUUUCACUUAAAGGACCUGCAAACCAAUUAAUCUUCCUUACCUGAUGACGAUUUUCUCUUUUCAAGUGUUCCUAUCUCAGGAUCAAAUCUGGUAAAGUGUAUAAGCACUUACAUAAAAGUGUUCGAAUGAAAAAGAAAGCUACCAGAGUUGCACUAUAAUGGAGUGUAUGCAUCAAAUUAACACUACGUUGGUCCAUUAAUUUGAAAUUAUCAUUACACAACACAUAACACUGUGGAUCAACUUUUGAAGGAGGGAGUAUAAAUAAAAAAUGAAUCCACUGCAGCAAAAAGGAAUGAAUUCAACUUAAUAAAUCCGCAUGUUAUUGUGUUUCGCAAAAUGAAGAGAAUGGUAAACAAAGUAUGGAUUCCCAUUCUUUUCCUUUUUUCUUUUUUACGUUUGACAUUUAAAUGGAACCCACAUUAAAGUUCAAAAAUAAGAAAACAUACAUAAGUUUUUUUUGUACCUUUUUUCUUUUGUAUUUUUUUGGUUAUUGGUUAAUCUGGAUCACUUUGUCCGGAAAUUUUCUUUAUUCUGUUCCAUUAGUCCGAACGGAAAAUGGUUCAAUACUUCCAGCCAGCAGCCCAUUUGAACAUAUAUGAUGAUGAAUCUGAUCCAGAAUCCAGAUGGUUGAAUGAGAAACCCACAAAAAUAAAACUGGAUUGAAAUGUAUGUAUAACAUUAUUAUCGAUGAAUCGUGUAAAAAAUUAUGAAAAAAGUUUUAUACAACACACACACACACACAGAGAGAGAAGAAAAGGAGAAAGGCAUAAUAUAAUCACAAAAAAAGCAGGGGAAUUAUAGUGACAAGGGUGAAAAUUGGAUGAUUAUGUUGGCAGCCAUAUUGGCAUAUAGCAGGACAACAGAAUACUACUAUGUGUACUAUGUGCUCCGAACAAUGAUUAGCAUGAUCACCGAAGGCAGUGUCCAGUGCCUUGCUCUUGCCUACGUUGCUGAUAAUGUAGCUGAGAGCCAACGAGUUUCCGUGUUUGGUAUUUUGUCCGGCAUUGCUUCUUGUGCAUUUGUUUGCGGGAACCUCACUGCUCGUUUCCUUCCCACUUCUGCCACUUUUCAGUUUGCUGCAGCUGGAAAUGUGGUGGCACUUGUGUACAUGAGAGCAUUUCUUCCGGAUUCAACCAUUGAAAAUGUUUCCACAAGUACUGCAAAACCAGAUACUGUCACAGAGACUGAUAGCCUCCUGGAAAAAGCUCCCCAAAAGGCCUUAAAACUGUUCAAGAGAUUGCCUUCGUUCCGUGACACUGCUAGUUUGUUAGGAACUAGCCACACAUUUUCUCAGGCAGCUAUGAUCACCUUCUUCAGCACAGUUGCAGAAGUUGGUGCUCAGUCUUCACUCUUGUACUACUUGAAGGCACAAUUUCACUUUGACAAAGAUCAAUUUGCUGAUUUGAUGAUCAUCAGUGGCAUUUCUGGCACUGUAUCGCAGCUACUCCUGAUGCCCAUAUUGGCUCCACUUCUGGGAGAAAUGAAGCUGCUUUCAGUCGGGCUGUUUUUCAGCUUUGUCCAUCUGUUGUUGUACAGCAUUGCUUGGGCAUCUUGGGUUCCAUAUGCGGCAGCUUUAAUCUCUAUUGUGGCUAUUUUUGCAAUGCCUUGUUUACGGAGUAUUGCAUCAAAAGAAAUCGGACCUACUGAGCAGGGAAAAGCUCAAGGAUGCCUAACUGGCAUAUGCUCCUUCGCGCACGUCAUUUCGCCAUUAGCUUUCAGUCCUUUGAGUGCUUGGUUCCUUUCUGAUAGUGCACCAUUUCGUUUUCCUGGAUUCAGUAUCAUGGUAGCUGCAUUCGCCGGGAUGAUUGCAUUUGGGCUGAGCCUCAUGAUAAACAAAGCUGAACCUAUGACUUGUUGCAGUUCCGCAGAUUAUCCCUUCUCUGUGGAGCCUUAGCAUAUGUACCCUUAAAAAAACCAAAACCAUGUGAAAGAUAAGCUAAAAAAAGAAAGCUCUGAAAGAACUAAAGUCGUAGCUGCAAGUUGACAUUCUGUACAACUUGCAGAAUGAGGGUUAAUUUUCUUUCUCGGAGAUUUUAUCUUGUCUGAAAAACAAAUGGAACUUCUUCCCUAGAUUUUAUCAAAGAUUGGUGAGUUGUUUCAGGUCUGACGUUUGCUUUAAGUUGAAGUUAGUAGUCAACUCAUGAUGUAUUCAUAUUAAUAUUCGCUAUAUUGAGCCAAAUAUUUAUAUAUGAAGAUGGUAGAAAAACACCAUAUUUCAUCUUCAAAGGCUAAUUUUACUUGAGGCGAUUUUACCAUUGUAGUAGUAGUAAAUGGAAAGAAAAGGUUAUGUAAAAGUGAUAAGGACUCCUCCGCCCUUAACCAUAGGUCGAGGGUUCGAACCUCGCAAUGGGCAUGUAGCAACCUUAAAUUCUUUGGCCAGCUCUCCCAUCCAUCGAGGUGUUUGCCAUGAGCGAAGAGGAUUAAUCACUGUUAUCGACGGUGGACACCCUGUAAUAAUAUG